UAUUCUUUCGACUCAAAGUCACAACAGUGUCAACCGUUGCUGUUCCUUGGUUGUGGAGGGAAUUCGAACAACUUUGCGACAACGGAGCUCUGCUACAAUUUUUGUCUCGGUGCAGUGUGUGCUGUAUCCGAGACCGUGUUCAUUUCUCAGUCUACUGGAUUGGUACAUGAUUGCGCGCGAACACCAUGCCCCGCUGGAUACUCAUGUGUCCCCGAUUCGAGAAACGCAUCAAGAAUGGUUUGCUGUGGCACGCCUCAUCGAGGUACAUGUCCAUUCGGUUCACGGCUUGUUCGCCUCCGCACUGGAGACCCCUUUGGAUGUAACCACGACAGUCACUGCCCAGAGAGAGCGACAUGUCAUAAGUCGAAUUUGUUUGCUGUCGACGGCGAUGGACCAAUCCCAACACCCCUGUAUGCUCUUCGGAAGCAACUGAAGAUAGUCGCAGAAUAUUCUGCUCGGCUGAAGUCCUCUGCCCACCGUCUCACUAUUGCAUCCGACGGGACUUUGAGCGACACGGCUUCUGUUGCCCACAUUCGCCUCAACAAGGUGAACACAUGGAAGACACCGCUACGG